AUGAAGCCUACGCUGGCGGCGUUCUUUCUGGGCGCCUUGCCGGCCCUCGCGCUGCGCCCCGUCGGCAGCCAGCCCAAGGACAGCUCCCAAAGACCCGACGAUCACUGGGACGCAAUCGUUCGAGGCUCGAGCGUCCAGGGCGCGAGCAAAGACGCACUCUCCAACUACAAUUUACGCGUCAACAAGGUCGACCCGUCCAAGCUGGGCGUUGACAAGGUCAAGCAGUACAGCGGCUAUUUGGACGACGACCAGCAGGACAAGCAUCUCUUCUAUUGGUUCUUCGAGUCGCGCAAUGACCCAAAGAAUGAUCCCGUCGUGCUGUGGCUCAACGGCGGCCCCGGAUGCUCGUCGUUGACCGGCCUGUUCCUCGAGCUCGGCCCGGCCAAGAUUGAUCAGAAUCUCCAGGUCGUCAACAACCCGCACUCUUGGAACAGCAACGCAUCCGUCAUCUUCCUUGACCAGCCCGUCAACACCGGAUUUUCCUACAGCAAGCAGCAGGUGGACAGCACAGAGGCCGCCGGGAAAGACAUAUACGCCCUGCUGACUCUUUUCUUCCAACAAUUCCCGGAAUACUCGAAGCAGCCAUUCCACAUUGCCGGCGAGUCGUAUGCCGGCCACUACAUUCCCGUCUUCUCCGCAGAGAUCCUGUCCCAUAGCGAUCGCAACAUCAACCUCAAGAGCGCGCUCAUUGGAAACGGCUUGACGGACCCCUUGACGCAGUACAAGUACUACCGUCCCAUGGCCUGCGGCGAAGGCGGCUACCCUGCUGUGCUGAGCCAAAGCGACUGCCAGUCGAUGGACAAUGCGCUGCCGAGAUGCCAGUCGCUCAUCCAGUCAUGCUACAACUCGAGCGACCCGCAAGCAUGCUCGAGCGCUACCUCGUACUGCAACAACGCCAUGCUCGGCCCGUUCCAGCAGACGGGCAAGAACGUAUACGACGUCCGCAAGAACUGCGAGGGCAGCAACCUCUGCUACGACGAGCUCGAGUGGAUCUCGCAGUAUCUCAACAAAAAGGAAGUGAUUGAGGCCCUGGGCGUCGAGGUGUCUAGCUUCGAGAGCUGCAACUACGACAUCAACCGCAACUUUGCCGCCCACGGCGAUUGGAUGCUUCCCGAGCACCGCAACGUGCCCAAGCUGCUCGAGCAGAUCCCCGUGCUCAUCUACGCGGGCGACGCCGACUUCAUCUGCAAUUGGCUGGGCAACCAGGCAUGGACCAAGGCGCUUGCGUGGCCUGGAAAGGACGCCUUCAACAGCGCUCAACCCCAGACGCUCCGUACCGCCGCGGGCGGCAAAGACUACGGCAAGAUCACGACAGCGCAGAACUUUGCCUUCCUCCAGGUCUUUGGUGCGGGACAUAUGACCCCGAUGGACCAGCCCGAGGCAGCCCUCGACUUUUUCAACCGAUGGCUGGCUGGGGAGUGGAAGUCGAAAUAA